UUUGAGGGAGAGUUGAUGAGUCCAUUUCAAGAAAUUGUUGUCACUGAGACCAGGAAAGCCCAUAAAGCCUCAUCUUCAUCCUCACCAUCCUCCUCAUCAAAACGUUGGAAGUACGACGUGUUCUUGAGCUUCAGAGGUGAAGACACACGCAAGGGCUUCACAGGCCACCUCCACGCCGCAUUAUCUGAUGCCGGAAUCAGCACCUUUCUUGACGACAACGAGCUAGAAAGAGCGGAAUUUAUAAAAACCCAACUGGAGCAGGCAAUCGACAAGUCCAUGAUCUCCAUAAUUGUCUUCUCUAAGAGCUAUGCCGAUUCCAGUUGGUGUCUUGACGAGCUGGUGAAGAUCAUGGAGUGUAGAGGAAGAUUGAGGCAACAGGUUAUUCCAUUGUUCUAUAAUGUUGAUGCUUCAGAUGUCCGGAAACAAACUGGUAGUUUUGCACAAGCAUUUGAGAAACAUGAAGCGGGCAUCUGUGAAGGUAAACAUGAGAAAGAAAAGGUACAGCGGUGGAGGAAUGCUCUCACUCAAGCUGCAGAUUUGUGUGGGGAAGAUCUUAAAAAUGCUGAUAAUGGGCAUGAAGCAAAGUUUAUCAAGAAAAUUCUUGGGGAGGUUAAUAAGCAGUUGUACAGAAAAUACCAAUUAGACAUCGAACAAAUUGUUAUAACAACAAGAAAUCAACAUUUGCUAGAGCAAGUUGGAGUGGAUGGCAUAUAUAUGGCUCAAGAAAUGGAUGAAAAAGAAGCUCUAGAGCUCUUGAGUAGGCAUGCCUUCGAAAGUGGUUAUCCUAAUCAAGAAUAUCUUGACCUCUCAAAACGUGUAAUUCGUUACUGUCGAGGCUUGCCACUAGCACUUGAAGUUGUAGGGUCUUUUCUGAUUAAAAGAUCCAUAGCGGAGUGGGAAAACCAUUUGGAGAAAUUGAAAAGAAGUCCUGAUGGAGAUAUUCAAAAAAUACUCAGAAUAAGCUUUGAUGGGCUACCUGAUGAUACAACAAGAAAGAUAUUCCUUGAUAUAUCUUGUUUCUUUAUUGGAGAUGACAAGGACUAUGUAACAAAAAUAUUAGAUGGAUGUGGCUUUUUUGCAACGAUAGGAAUCAGUGUCCUCAUUGACCGGUGCCUUGUAACUGUUGGUAAGUAUAACAAGCUGAGGAUGCAUGAUUUGCUUCGAGACAUGGGAAGAGAGAUCGUUUAUGAAAAUGCCCACGGUCACCCAGAAAAACUUAGUAGAUUGUGGAAACGUGAAGACGUAACAAAUGUAUUGUGCGAUGAAUCUGGAACUGACGAAAUUGAAGGAGUUGCUCUAGAUAUGCAAUGGUCUGACGAGGCUAGAUUCCGUGCACAAGCAUUUACGAACAUGAAAAAGCUGAGGUUACUCCGCCUCAGCAACGUAGAGCUCACUGGAGAGUACAAAGAUUUUCCCAAAAAGUUAAUAUGGUUGUCCUGGCAUGAAUUCCCUUUAAGGUCGAUACCAGAUGACUUUCCUAUGCAACCAAAACUAGUUUCUUUAGACCUGCGGCACAGCAAACUCAGAAGAGUUUGGAAGGAUUGCAAGUUGCAUCAGAAUUUGAAAAUCCUUAAUCUCAGCUGUUCCUGUUGGCUUAGAAAAUCACCAGACGUUUCAAAACUCCCAAAUCUUGAGGAAUUGAUAUUGGAAUACUGUUGGAGAUUGUCUGAGGUUCACUCAUCCAUCGGGGAUCUUGGAAGACUUUCUUUGGUAAAUCUUGAAGGCUGCGACAAUCUAGAGGAUCUCCCCCUGAAUUUCUAUAAAUCCAAGUCUAUUGAAACUCUUUUACUGAAUGGUUGUUCAUCGUUUAAAGACUUGGCUGAUGGCUUAGGGGACAUGGUAUCAUUGACAAUUUUGGAAGCAGAUAACACAGCCAUCAGUCAAAUUCCAUCUUCCAUAGUCAAAUUGAAGAAGUUGAGAAUUUUAUCUCUAUCUGGCUGCAGGUUAACUGUGGAUGCAAUCCCUAAGGAUCUAUGUAGCCUAAUUUCCUUAGAACAUCUGCUUCUUGGAUACAAUGGCUUUUGUGGCCUACCAAGUCUCGCUGGUCUUUCAAAGCUCAAGGUCUUGUGUUUAAAUGCGUGCAGAAGACUUCGUGCAAUCCCAGAUUUACCAACCAAUUUGUAUGUUCUGAAAGCAUAUGACUGCCCAGAAUUGGAAACAAUUUCAGAUUUUUCAAAAAUGUCGAAUAUUAGAGAAUUGUAUCUAAGUGAUUCAUUCAAACUCACUGAGGUUCCGGGCUUGGAUAAGUCAUUAAACUCCAUGACAAGGAUUCAUAUGGAAGGCUGCACCAAUCUGACUGCCGAUUUUAGGAACAACAUCCUACAGGGAUGGACUUCUUGCGGAUAUGGUGGCAUUUUUCUGAGUGGAAAUGAUAUUCCUGAUUGGUUCGACUGUGUCCAUGACGAUGAUAUUGUGUAUUUCACUGUGCCUCAAAGUGUUGGUCGUAAUUUGAAAGGGUUAACUUUGUCCUUCGGUUUCUCUUCCUCUUCAGAACGGAUCAGUCUUGGUUUUCACAUUAGCAUUAAAAACAUGACCAAGGGUACUGAGCUUGAAGCCAGGAUCAUACCCGAUUGUCGAACUAAGGGUUAUUAUCUUUGGCAGGGACAGUUAUCAAAUGACGAGCUCAAAUUGCAAGAUGGUGAUAAAGUCUUGAUUGAAAUAAUAAUAGUGGACAAAUGGGUGAAGGUGAAGAAAACAGGUGUUAGUCUGGUAUGGGACAAAUUUAUGAACGAAAAUAUGAUUGAUUACCAUCUUUGUGCGUAUGAAAGACGCCCAUAUCUGGUCAAUGAUGAUGACAUCAUUCAUGUCAAAUAUGAUUAUGACAUAAGAAAAUCACCGGACUUUUCAAAAUUCCCAAAUCUCGAGAAGUUGAUAUUGAAAGGUUGUACGUGGUUGUAUAAGGUUCACUCAUCCAUCGGGGAUCUUGGAAGACUUUCUUUGGUAAAUCUUGAAGGCUGCACCUAUCUAGAUGAUCUCCCACUGAAUUUCUAUAAAUCAAAGUCUAUUGAAACUCUUCUACUGAAUGGUUGUCGGAGUUUUGAAAACUUGGCCGAUGGCUUAGGGGACAUGGUAUAA